GACCGAGGUGAACGGGUGUCGUCGGUCGCUCCAGCUCUCACUCUCCCUCGUGACUUAGCUCGCCACCACAACGCUGUUGGAAUUUCUCUCUUCCAUCACCAGCUGUGACUGACUCAACAACAGAGAAGAACGGAGAGUAAGCUGACUUCUUAACACGUGGAUGUCGUGAAUGAUAAAACAUUUUACUUGCGUUAUCUUCUCACAGACCGAGUGAUAGGAGAGGGGCGUGUUGCGGUGUGUUGCCUGGUACAUGAUCUAUAACCUAUGACUAUCAAACUCAGCAAAUUUUGUGUGGUGAACAUAUGUUAACUAAAAUUUUAAUAUUUUCGUUGCAAGAACUAUGAGAGUGACUCCAACGGUAAUAAAGUAUCGAGAAAUUUCAAUGCUGUAAGAAGUAGUUAUCUACAACCACUUACACGUGCUUUCGUUGACAGUCAAGUUAGAUUAAGGGAACAACUGGGGUACGCUGUGAACUGUAUCAAAUGCGAGUGAUUUUUUUUAAAGUGCAAAAAAAGUAACGUUGAAAGAGUUAAUAGUGAAUAUGGACGAGAGAGAGGUCAACUCAAGUGUAGUGAGUAUGAAGCGUCAAUGAGGAUGAGCGACGGCAGCCACUUACGGAACACCACUGUGAUUAAAUAUUGUCACUUGCUGUCAUUAGUCAAGGUAUAAAGAACUGAAUUCAGCCUUAAAAAAAAGGCUUUUACUUAGUGAUAUCUCAAUUGCUGAACAAAGAAAAGAGCAAAUUAUAUAAAAAGCAUGUUUAUGAAAUGACAGCUGAAAAAUGCGACACACAAGUGUAAACAAAACGAAAAAAAUAAAUGAAAGUGAAAAUUUUAAUAAACAUACGUAAAAAAAAGGAAAUUUAAAAUUAUUUCAACAAAGUAAUAAACCUGUAAUCUUUAUACCGUACUACAAUUAUAUAAAUACUACUAAAAAGUUAUCACGAUUGGGUUUUAUCACAGACACAUCAGCGGCUUCUGUGUUUGGGGUAGGUCGGGUGACACAUACCCUGGCAGCCAGACAGGUGCGUGUGUGGAGUGUGCCCGAGAUGUUCCGCUGUUCCCGCAGUAGUGACCACGGCUACUGCUGGAGGCACUGACCACCCUCACCCCUCCAACACACCCACCUCCAUCUUCUCCACUGCCUUCAGAGAGAUAGAGAGGAGAGCCACGCAGGCAGGAUGGGUGACAGCUCAGCGACACUCGGUCUGGCCAGCCUCCUCUCGUCCAACCCGUUCCUACAGCCGCGCCUGCUGCUGCUACUGCUCCUGUUCCUGCUGGUGGGGGCGCAGGAGCCUCCGCCCAACUACUCACAAGAUAUGCUGCCAGACACCAACUUCACCUGCAGUGACAAGGCGACAGGGGGCUACUACGCUGACCCCGAAGCUGGCUGUCAGAUGUUCCACGUGUGUGUCAGAGUCUCAGACGAGGAGAUCCGUGACUUCCGGUUCCUGUGUCCCAACAACACGGUGUUUGAUCAGCAAAACUUUAUCUGUACCAACUGGUGGGAUAUAGACUGCCAGAGGUCCACGCGGUACUACAGCAAGAAUGAUUUGUUCCGUGUGGACGAAACCACUACGGAACAAGAAUACGAAUACGAGCAAACUUUUUCCACUUACUAUGAGUAUGUCUACGAGGAACUCGAAGAUCCACAAGCGAGAAAUAAUCCCGACUACGAGUUCGAAUAUUACGAUGGAGACGACAAACACAGAAAUGACAACAGAGCGCGAAGCAGAAAAGGGAAGUCACAAGACAGCAGUACCACCAGUACCACGACAGCGGCACCCACGACAACUACUUCCACAACCACAACUACCACAACAACCACAACUCCUAAACCUACAACAACUACAACCACGACCCCAAGACCCACGACCACUCCUCAGCCCACUUUCAGAACUACUCCUCGUAUAACAACGCUGCGACCAUCUCUGCACUUCUCUUCAGGGUUUAGGGUGGGGAAGCCUGUGGUCAGUGUUACCAGCUCAACCUCAAUCGCACAUGAAUCUACCUCGGCCGAUACAAGGUUUUCGAGGUUUCAGUCACCAACCAGGUUCGAAUCCUCAUCAACAAGAACAGUCCGUCAAGAGACAUUAAACGCUGAAGAAGUUGAUGAACUCUACGAUGGUGUGGAAGACCCUUUUGCUAACUAUGACUGGCGUCGUGACGCCUCGGGUGUGACGGCUUCCACGAAGACUCGAUAUGAGCAACGAUUUGGAACGAACAACCGAUCCCGACAGACCCCUUCGGCUUUCUCCAUCUCUCCCAGAAGCCAAGAGGAAACAUCCACCACCCUUAAGAACAGAAAGUCCCUUGUGGAUGCCAGUGAAAGCAGCAACGAUGAGAUCCCCAGAGAGAACCAUGGUCGAUAUGUCAGUAGCAGAGGAUCUUCCCGCGGCCCCAAUAACGGCAGGUUACGACCAUCAUCACCAGAUUCUGCUCUUGAAGAGUUUGCCAACUUCCGAUAUUAUAAGACAGCCUUCGGUAACACUCCUUCAGCACCAACGUCUCCCACAAUUACUCCAUCAUCACCUGGGGUUAGAUCUCCCACCUCUAUGUCAACGUCUGCAACCAGUUCUCCAGAAGACAGGUCCACAUCUUCAGUCAUAUCGACAUCUUCAAACGUUCGAGUUCGUCCAGCCGGUUACAUCUCCGCCAGGUCAGCCUCAAGAAACACGAGAUAUGCGCUCUAUGGCUAACAGCCUUUACUGGUGUAGAAAUUAGAGAGGACUAAACCCAUCUUCACCAGAAGAAAAUAACGUGUGUUUGUAUGUGUGUUUGUGUGUGUACUUUCACUGUGAAUGUCAUUAAAAACUAAGUCCUUGAAUUUACAUAACAAUGUGCUGGACACUGAAAUACACUUAUAUACUUAUAAUCUGGCUGGUCAGAUUAAAGUGAUACUGACAUUCAAUUUAUCAGACUGCUCAAUAGUUAUAAAUAAACCCCAAUAAUGUCUGGUGCUGACUUAAAUAGCCCUAUAUGGGUAAGUUAAAAUAGGGCCACUAUUUUUUCAGUGGUAUACGUGUGCGUGUCAACGCAGCAAAACUGUGCUAUUUUUGUGGUAUACCAGGGGGUGAUACUGUGAACAACAAAAGUGGGAGCAUAAUACAAGUAUCCUCGAGUGACGCAGACAGGCAAUUCUGCGGAGUACGCCAAGAUAUGAAGACUAACCAGUGGAAAACAACAUAAUAUAUGAAAAAAAGUAGGAAUCGUAUGUCUGAAGACAAAAUCCCAAAUUAAGCAGCCAUGUGCAGUCGGCCAUUGAUAUGUUUCUUCGUAUUAUGGGAAGCCACUCGACACUCUUCACAUUGCUAGGGUAUGCCGAGGGCAUCGUUCGUUAGUAGCGGAUUUGUGGUGGAGUUCAUCAUGCAUUAUUUUGACAACAUGGCACACCUGCAUUGUUUUAUUUUUUCAGUAAAACUUAACAUCUUUACCUGAUAUUGUGUCCAUAUAUGGUCAUACAGUGUGGUAAAAAUUUAGGUUUGCGUGGCCGCUGACGGCACAAAAUAAUGCUGAUGAACGGUACUUAAGACAUGUGAUAUAACUUAAUAUUAAGUUAAAGUUGACAUUUGUAUUUCUGAACUGAGAUCCUUCAAUAGACUGUCCUAAUAACAUUAAUACUGAAUUUACUGAGAUCUUAUUCACGUCUUUUUAACAGAUUUUCCCCUCUAUUGAAACAACUGCUGUAUCUAGAUAACUACGGUAAUAUCUGGAUAUUUUUAAUAGUUUGUAAAAUUUUACUCUGAAAACCAUACUGGUAUACAAAUAAAGGGAAUCUGGUAUUAUUCUGGACUACAGCUUAACAACAAGGAAAUUUAUUCCACUUGAGGAUCACAGUUCCGAAAUAUUGGGUUAAUACAUGUAUUCCACUUUGAUGCCUCGUGUGUACCAUAACAAGUAUUACUGUGUUCCGUAGUGUGUGUGUGUAGUGCCGUAGUGUGUAUACAAUUGACCAAUAAUAUAAUAUAAGAUUUCCUUGUGCAUUAGGUUUAUAAUGUCAUACCAAACCGUAGGAUAAAGACUUCCAACCGUUGAUAGUACAAGUUAUCCGUAGAUGGUAGGAUAUUUCCAAUGUCCUGUAAUGAUGGUAUUGUUUGAUUAUUUCCGUUAAGGUGUUGCACAUGUUGGGGAGUGUACUGAUAACAGUGGCGUCACAGGGUCUUGACUCGGUGCUCUUAGAAUGGAUAAUAUUUCUCAAAAUUUCCAGAUUGAUCACUCAAUUAAGGUACACUACCUUUCAUUAGUAACUAUGGGUCGUCCAAGAAUAAGGGCUAUGGAUUAUUGCCAUAUAUAAACUAUAAAAAUGUAUGAGUUUUACAAUAAACAAAUUAUAAAAUGUUGAUGCUGACAAGUACAUAAAUGGUUAAUGAUUUCUGUUAUUCCCUGCCAGACUUAACCUUAUGGUAGACAGUACGAGAUCUGUGUUAUCUUGUAUUUCAUUAUAAAUUUGAUAUGGAAACGUCACUGGUUAUAAAAACAGAUCAUGAUGUGAAGUUGGAGUCGUGUGGUCUCAAGGAAAAAUCUGGUAUUUUUUAUUGCACUAUAUUAACUACAUAAUCUUGACAAAAUGGUAUUUAAGAUAAAAUUCGAGACGAAUUGUGUUUAUGAGCAAAGUGUGUUUACGUGUACCCGUGUGUGGUGAUUGUUGACUCACUACCACUAUGUAUUAUGUCGUCCCGGGCUCCACCAAGACCAACAUCCCUUGCCCUGUGCAAUAAAUACCAGUUUAAUAA